AUGGUGGAAUUUCUCGUCGGCGAGUGCCAGGCGGAGGUGAACGCGCGGGACUCGCAGGGCGCUCGGCCCAUGCACUACGCCGCGGAGGGAAAUAAGGUGGAAGCGCUCGAUGCGCUGCUCAGGAACGGAGCGAAGGUCACGAUGGCGGACGAUCAGGGCGAGCUGCCGAUGCACUGGGCGUGCGCGCGCGGCUCGCGCGACGCGUGCGAAUCCCUCCUCCGCGCGGGUACAUCCCCCACGAUCCCGACGAAGAGCGGCUGGACCCCGAUGCACGUCGCCGCGCUCAACGGCCGAGCCGAGCUCCUCGACGCGCUCAUCGCCCGGAUUCGCAAGACUCGAGGAGACACCGAGCUCAUCGCCGCGCUGAACGCCCAAAUACCGAGCAACGGACGCACCGCGCUUCACCUGGCGGCUGCGAACGCGAAGCUUGAAGCCAUCGAGACGUUAGCGAACGCGGGCGCGGAUCCCGAGGCGAGGGAUAUGAACGGGCUUCGACCU